UAUUUAUAAGAAUAACAUAAAAUAUUGAAAAACUUAAACUACAGAUCAUCAUCAGAAUCAUCAGAUGUGACGUCAACAUCUUGCACAUUCGGAGAUUUGAACAUAAUAUAUUAUGCACUAAUAUGCAGUGCUUCCACUGGCAGGUCUUCUAAUUUCUUUCUAUUUAUGUUUCUUUUGCUUGUGAUCAGUGGAUCACUACUAAUCAACAAAAAGUGGAAUACAUCUUAAUUUGUUUUGGAUCUACUACACUUUCUUGAAUUAUUAUGCUUGAAUUGUGCAAAUAACGAAAAAUUAGAAGAGAGUGUUAUUCAAUUUAAUUAGGUCAACAUAACCUCACAAAAAAUAAAAUUAUGAAAAAAGGAGCAAAUAUGAGCAAGAAAUUAAAAUGACUUUUUAAAGAAUGAUACUUAAGCUUUCAAAAUAAAACAAAAUUAAAGUUGGAUCAGUCUGGGAACACUAACAAAUCACUUGCUCUUUUUGAAAAAUGCAUAUUUUGAUAUUUUUUACAGGUAAUUUUAAACAACAUAUUAUAAGAGACUAUAUUUACUUAAUUAUUAUAUCACAUCUGUAAUAAUAUUGUCACUUUCCUGAAGAUCAAAUGUCCGUAACCAAUUUUACUAGUAAAUUAACUUUUGACUUGAAAUAAGUGGAUCAAACGUAAGUCGAAUCACGUUAUCGCGGCCUAUGCAUUGUUAACACGGGACCAUGUGCCCUUUGCGACGCGUCGCAACUGGUGGAGGGGGAUUUAAUGGGAAAAAAUCAUGCCAAAUCAUACGCAGGAGUGUGUACUAUUUAAUUAAAAUGAAUACGACAGAAAAUACUGCAUUUAGUAUUUUCAUUUUAUGCCAACUUUUUAGCUCUCCUGCCCCACUGUGCGUCGGCAGAUAGUUGACAGACAGAUUAGUUUGAAUGCAAUCGGGAAGCCCAUCAAACUUUUUUAUAGGCCGAUCGUGAAUCGGUGAAAUGUGCGCCUAUGCAUAUCUCUCUGUACUGAUUAAGAAUCCGACCAAACUAUCAGCCGAUAAAAAGUCUGCAGUCUGCGGGGCUCUUACGGUGAAGUAACUCUCUAACCAAACUUCAAGAGUCCAAUGAAGUUUUUUGUUUCUUCAGAAAGUUUGUAAAGAUUAUUAAUAUUUUUAUCGGUGUAUGUCAGUUGUAUUAUAUUUCAUUUUACUGUUUUAAUUGGGGAAUAAGCCUCGAUUUAAGAUUAAAAUCUGUUUAUUAUAAACAUGGCAAUAAUGAAAAGUCACAUUCUAAUGUGUAAUAUCGCUUUUGUAGUAAAAAUACUAUACCAGCUAUUUUAUUGCUAAAAUCGAAUUUUAAGAUUGCAUAUACAUAUUAGUAAUAUGGGGCAUGAUACUAUAAAUAAAGAGAUAGUAUUUUCCCGUAGCGCAAAUACGUCCGAGUUCGCGCAUUGAUGUCGUAACUGGAGACCGGAAGUUGAAUUUGAAUUCUUGUUUAAGUUAAAUGGGAUUUGUAUGCAUUAUGUGAUGAAAUUAUUCAAUUAGCGAAAUAACAUUAAACUUCAAUGUAUUCGGAAAAAGUUAGUGUUGAGAUUCCAGUCAAAAUAACUCAAAGAUAAAAUUAUAAAAUACAACCGCGAACAAUUCAAAGCAAUCGGACAUUACGAAUGAUUACGAACCAUUACGACCUUGCCGGUCUCCAGUUACGUCACGACUUUCGAAUGUGCAAUAUAUUAUCUUGUUAUUUAUAGUAUCAUAAUAUGGGGUAUGACAAGUCCGCAGAAAGUGUGUUAUUUUAUUUAUAAACAAAUGAGCAUUCCUAAAGCUUCUUUUUUCUUCAAUUAGUGCUCUGUAACUCCUAAGAUUUUUCCUUCAAACCAAAAACACUCAAAUAAAAAUUCACCGCAAUUUAGUUCUGUACAAAGUUAUUUUUUUACGAUUUCCUUCAACAAAAAUUUUACUCGGAAAAUCCGAGUUUUCCAAAAAAAAAUCUGCAAUUUUCAAUUAAAAUUUUAGGGAAGUAAUUAUUUAUCAAUAAUUAAAUAAAUUGGUGACAUGAAAGAUUUUUUAUACCUAAUGUUUGUUUUUUAACCAAGAGGAGUGAUUCAAAUUUACCGCACUGUAUUGCUUGUUUGUAAUUGGUCCAACCGCAGGCAAGUUUACGCCACUGUUAUAAAAUGUUGACACUAAUGACAUUUAUCAAAUUUUGACACUAGUGACAUUUCAUAGGUUAAUUAAGUUAUAUCAUCGAUUUUUGUGUUUUCUGUGUUAUUCCUUUAAUUUUUAGAUUGUUAGUCUGCUUUUAUAUAAAAAGCAGUUGUUUUUGGAACUCUUUAGCGACGUAAUAAUUUAAUAUAAUAUUUAUGGAUUAACGUUGAGGGCCGACUACAUAAACCAAAAAAGAAGAUGUAUUUGGUUAUUAUUCUAGUGACUUUUUUGGGUGUGAAUCUGUCUUUUUAAUUUACUCCUCCUGGUUAAAAAAUAAACAUUAGUAGAUUAUAUAUCAGGAGGCCGGCGACAAUCUAACCAAUAGUUUAGCAAUAAUUAAAAUGUUAAUUAAAAAAUUUCGGUCGAAAUAAUAACCAGAAAGAUUAUGGUACACCAGAAUAACUAUGAUUUUCGUAUAAAAAAACUCUAUACCUAUUCAACGUAAUUUACAGAAUUGAAAUUGGACUAUUUGAGCGUCUCAGGAAUGUUAUAAAGAAACUUUUUGGCUUAUACACAAAUGGAACCCCUCAGAAAAUAUCAGAUUAAAUUAAAUUAAGUUAACGCUGUUGUUACCUUUUUAUUCCGGUUCUCUUUGUACAUAAAAAUUUUCAUAUCUUCAAGACAUAACAAAAAAGAUUUAUGUCAUUAAGUUGAAAAUUAAAGAUUUUGUUCGGAAAACCUGAAAUCGAAAAAAAAAUAUCUAUGUGCAGAAUUAAAUUACAGUGAAUUUUUAUGCGAGUGUUUUUGGUUUUUACGUUAAAAUCUCCUGAGUUACAGAGCAACAAUUGAAACAAAGAUUUCGGAGCGCUAAUUUGUUUAUAAACCAACUAAUGACUUUGCAUAGCUAUAUUACUAAUAUAUGAAAUUUUAAGAUUUUAUUCCAGCAUGUUCAGCAAUAAAAGUGCUGGUACAUAAUUUUCCUUGUUUUAUACUAAUUUUCCCAGAUUAUUACCUUACAUCUUUCAUUGAGUUGAUAAUUCACGUUGUGAACAUUCUGAAUUAUUAUAUUUCUAAUUUAAUACUAUCCUAUCUAAUUCCUCCAAAACCAGCGAAUUUCCAUAAAAGCCAGCAACAUUAAUACCUUUUGCUUUAGUUUUCCUUGCAAGAAACAAACAAAACACAUCUAAACUAAACCUAACCUCGCUUUCGGCCAUUCAUUCAUGUCCGUGUCACAAUAAUUUCGACUCGAAAUUAUCAACCACUUUUUUGGAGUCACAAUUAAUUACGAUGAGUCGCUAUUUCAUGACAUCAUUUCGUUAGUUCAACUAAAAUCCACAAGGCUCGCACAGUCGCAUUUCAACGUCGCCAUAUUGAUUGCGACUUGUUUUGAGUCGAAAUUUGAAUUAGAAUCAGGGGCCUGACCUAACAAAAGACUAGAAAAUGAAAUAAAAGUCCAGAAAGUGGGAUUAGAUCGGUCGCACACUCUGAAAAAAUAGUUCGAGUAUUUCAAAGACUGUCCUAGAGUGGAAUACCCAAGGAAAACGAAAAAGAGGUCGCCCAGUUCAAACUUGGAGAAUAUCCAUCAUGGACGAGAUAAGACGUCAAGGAAAGUCUUGGAAUGAGGUGAAGGCCUUAGCGCAAAAUAAAACUCGCGUUUUCACUGAAACUCCAUGUUCCACUUAAGGGGUUACAUAGGUCUUGCGGGUAAAAAAAGUGACUUUAAAAAAAUUAUAUCUCAAAAACUAAAAAUUAUUUUUAUUUAUAAUUGGAACAUGUAAGAGUAUAGUACUUAACACGUUAAGCCCCAUGUGUACCACACUGGCACACACUCUAGUUUUAUCUGGGACCGUGUGUACCUAUCAGGCCACAGCGAAGUGUCGUGUUCCUAAUGCCGUGGCUCGUCGAGGAUCGCAUUUGCCGUGCUUUCUUAUGUAUAAAUGUGUGUAAACGGUCUGUGGUAAACAAAAUCAGAGGUUGGUCCGUUAAACCACGUGUUCACAAACAGGUUAGGUUAUAAUUUCUAACAUGCUUCAGUCAGUAUCGGUUCGAACGUUUAACGAGGCUAACACUAUUUUCUCUUCAGUUUUUUGUUAAAAAGUGGAACUAAAAAAUAAGAUAAUGUUCCGUAAAGGACUAUCGGAAGACGAACUUCGCAGACUUGCUGAGGAGAGUGACUUUAGUGAUAGUAGUAUGUCUGAAAGUACGUUUUAUGAUUCUGAUGCCGAUCCAGUGUACAAUGAAAAUGUUACUGAUGGUUCUUCAGACUCAUACAGUAGUGAAUAUGAGUCUCGUAGAAAAAAAGCUAAAAUUUGCAAACAAACACAAAAUUGCAAAGAAUUUACUGCAGGUUCUAGUUCUAACCAAAAGGAGGCUGAUACAAGAAGGAUAGAAAAAGCUGAAUCUGCAAACGUUAGCCUGGAAGCUGUUAUUGACGAUGUAUCAAGAAAUAAAAUAACUGCAGGUCCUAGUUGUAUCCAAAAGGAGGCUGAUACAAGAAGGAUAGAAAAAGCUGAAUCUGCAAACGUUAGCCUGGAAGCUGUUAUUGACGAUGUUGUAUCAAGAAAUAAAAUAACAUGGAGCGAUGUGCCAAAUCCAGAUGAUCUCAAUAAGUUCGAACUAUCAUUUACUUCAGGAAUAAAUCAGGAAGAACUAGCAAAACUUACAGACCACAAACCAAUAGAUUUCUACCUACUGUUUAUCGACCGUCAAGUGCAAUAUUUGUUGGUUACUGAAACUAAUAAAUACGCCGAACAAACCAUAAUCGCUGGUAUUGUAAAUGAGUCAAUAACGAAACAUUCGCUUAUGAGUAACUGGAGACCAAUUGACAGAAAAGAAUUGCUUCGAUUUUUGGCUCUCAUUAUUUGGAUGGGGUUAGACAGAAAACCGAAACUCAGAAAUUAUUGGAGUAACAAUUUACUUUACAAAAAUGAAGUUUCUAAAAUGUGUGAAAUAAGUAGAAGUCGAUUUGAAAUAUUAUUACACUUCUUUCACAUUUCAGAUAACGAGAGCUGCCCACCUGGAAACAGACUCUACAAACUUUCUCCUCUUGUACAAAUACUAAAUGAAAAGUUUCAGAAAAUGUGUACUCCUAGAGAAUCGUUAUGUAUUGACGAAACUAUGGUGCCAUUUCGUGGUAGACUUAGUUUUUUGCAAUACAUUCCUGGAAAAAGACACAAAUAUGGAGUCAAAUUGUUUAAACUUUGCGUCGCAGAUGGAUAUACGUACGCCGUUAAAGUGUACGGUGGAAAAGAGAUGCAACCAUCUGAAAAGUCGUUAGCAUCCAGAGUGGUGAUGGAACUUAUGCAACCGCUUCUAGAUACAGGCAGAAGUUUAUAUACUGAUAAUUUUUAUACGAGUGUUGACUUGGCUCAUGAUUUAAAUAAUAGGAAAACCCAUUUAGUCGGAACAUUACGUUCCAAUAGGAAACAUAAUCCCAAAGCGGUAGUCAAUGCAAAAUUAAAAAGAGGUGACAUGAAGUAUCUACAGAGUAAUACAAAAGUUGUUAUCGGAAAAUGGAAAGAUAAACGGGACGUUUUGUUUUUAACGACCAAGGAUAUUCCUUUGAUGAUAGAUGUUCAAACAAAACGUGGACAUGUUCCCAAACCAUCGACCAUUGUUGACUAUAAUUCUGCAAAAUCUUUUAUCGAUGUGUCGGAUCAAAAGGCUGCAUAUAAUUCCCCUGUUCGACGAAGUAUGAAGUGGUAUCGUAAAUUGGCUGUGGAAUUACUAACAAAUACCGCACUUGUGAACUCUUUAGUUCUCUACAAAUCUGUUACUGGCAAACAUCUCUCAAUUACUGAGUUCCGUGAACAGAUUGUUCAAAGUCUUUUAAUGCCUCAAACAACUUCUGAAAACUCUUUAACAACUUCUGAAAACUCUUUAACAACUCUGCAUACGUUGGACGAGAAAGAGAAAAGGGGAAGGUGUUCAGCAUGUUACAAGAACUUUUCGAACCGUGAAGGAAGAGCAUCAGCGAUGAAGAAUGCCAAAAGGGUAUACACUUUUUGUCCGGCAUGUGCCGUUAAUACCGCAUAUAUGUGUGUUAAGUGUUUUGUGAAUAUUCAUACAUGUUCUUUGAAAAAAUAAAUUGUUUUUGUAUUUUUAAACUUAAAAUAUCUUAGGGAGAAGGUAUUUGAUUAUCUUCCUGGUGUGAGCCAAUAUGGCACACAUGGUCCACAUUAAAACAAAUUACAAAAAUAAUUAUAAAUAGACCGUGUGUACCCUGUUGGUACAUACUGUUUUUUUACUUAAAAAAUGUAUUUUGUUUUUAUUUUAGAAUAUAAAUAAAUAGUUAUACACAUUCUUAUUUCAAAAUUAUUAAAAAAAUGUUCCGGUCUGACAGAAAAAUUAUGUCAUGAUGGUCCGGGGCUUAACGUGUUAAGGUACUCUCAAAAAAAUUUCAACCAAAAAUAUUCAUUUUUGUAGAGUUGACUGCAAUUUUUCGACAACAGCCCUUUUUUGCAGUGGACAGGCAGCAUAAUUAAAUCCAGUCUCAUCUGAAAUCAAAAAGUUUCUUGUAGUUUAUACCUCUGGCUAGUAAAUGAACGAAGGAAUUUUUAUUAGAUAAAGCCGUUUUUGUUUUAUAAAAAAAACUACUUUAAAAAUGGUCAUUUUUGAAAAAAUGAGAAAAAUUUGGGUCGAAAAUGUGUUUAAACUUUGUAAAAUUUUCAAAUUUUAUUUUUUUUUAAUUCCUUCGUUCAUUCACUAGCCAGAGGUAUAAACUACAAGAACCUGUGUGAUUUUUUGAUUUCAGAUGAGGCUGGACUUAUGCUACCCACCGCAAAAAAAGGGCUGUUGUCGAAAAAUUGCAGUCAACUCUACAAAAAUAAAUAUUUUUGGCUGAAAAUUUUUUUGAGAGUACCUGAAGUACUAUACUUUUACAUGUUCCAAUUAUAAUUAAAAAUUGUUUUCAGUUUUCGAGAUAUAAUUUUUUUUUAAAGUUACUUUUUUUACCCGCAAGACCUAUCCCUUAAGGGUUCAAUAAAUUUGAAAUUAAAUUUAUUUGACGUUUCGAUUUCAAACCAAUUUAAUUUUAAACUUAAAUUGUGGCUUAUUCCCCCAAUAAAACAGUAAAUUGCAUAAAAUGCUACAAUAAAAUAGCUUCAGAACAAUAUUAUAUUUCACAUUGUAUUGUAUCUGUAUAUUAUAUAUUUACUGCUGUAAAGAUGAUGAAACCGUUUAAUAAAUAAAUAAAUAAAAGAAGAA